AAGAAGUCCUCUCUGAAUGUUACGUUCAGGUUGAGACAUGAGUGAGAAAAUGGAGAAAGCCAUGUGAGGCUCUGGAGGAGCAGCGGCCCAAGUAGAGAGAAGAGCGAGUGCAAAGGCAGUACAGCUGCAGCAGCAGUGGCAUGCUCAGGGAACAACAAAUAGAAAGCACUGCAGCCAGGGCACAAGGAGCAAAAUGGAGUGACAGGUCCACAUGAACAUCCACCGUUCAAGACCAUGGUUCCCCUGUUAGCUAAACACUGGAACCAUCUGGAAAGCUUUUAAAAGUACUGAUACCUGGGACACAUCUCCAGAGUGUCCGUUUAAUUGGUCUGAGGUGUCACCUGGGCAUCAGGAGUUUUAAAGUUUCCCAGAUAAUUCUAAUGUGCAACUGAAGCUGUUAACCGCUGACAAGCCCAUGAGGGCCAUGGCUAGGCACUUGGAUUGAUGACAAUUGAGGUUCUUGAGGAGUCUCAGAGAUAUUCCUCCAGUACUUCAAGCCCAGAUGCAAAAAGAUCCUGAGAGGCCUUGGAGUUGGGGAUAAACCAGGACAAUGAAGGAAAAGAGAUAACAGAAGACUGAAAAAAAGGUCAAGAGAGGCAGAGACAUCCAGAAAAUAUGACAAAUUGGAAGGUGCAACAACACAGAAGUGCAAAUAGACUCAGAGAGCCAGAGACUGGAGGAGAAAAGGCAAUCUUGUGUAUUAGUUUCCUACUGAUACUGUAAAAAAUUACCACAAACUUAGGGGCUUGAAACAAUACACAUUUGUUACUUUAUUAUUCUGUAGUUUAGAGUCUGAAAUGAGUCUUACCAGGCAAAAAUCAAGGUGUCCGCAAUGCUUGGUUCCUUCUGAACGGUCUGCUAGAGAAUCCAUUCCCUCGUCUUUUGCAGCUUCCAGAGGUCACUCACUUCCUUAGCUUGUGACUUCCUGCCUCAGUCUCCAAAGCCAGCAAUGUCAGGCGAUCACCUCUCUAUGCUACCUAUCAUAGCAUAGAAGUGCAUCUUUUACAAAAUAGAUUGCAGUCACAACUGUAGUCUUAUGCUUGGAUUUCUGUGUGUUUUAUGAGCACGGAGCUGGGAGGGUUGUUCCAAGAUGAAUGUACGUGUGUGUGUUUGUGUAGGUUUAUCAGGGUGUCAUAUUUGAGUGUCUCCCUGGUAAGUAUGGGGGAGGGGGAAGAAGGGUGCCUGGAGGGGGUGCCUAAUAAAGUCCUGCUGUUCCAUAAAGACUUACUGCUGUUAUACUCUUGUUCUUUUAAUAAUAAAACUAAUGAUAGAGUAUCUGUCUCUUUGCCUGUUUUCUUUGAGCAUGUCCAUCUGUUCCUAAAUAGUACUGAACAUUUAUCCCAGUGAUAUUCAAUGUGUAUGAGGCUAUUCAUACACAUUAUAUUUAGCUGUGAUGUUUGUAUUACGUGAAUGCUUGUCUGCAAUUUGGGCAUCUGGACAUUGAUGGAUGCAGACACAUGUUAUAUAACAGUGUGAGUGAUCAUAGUUGUAGACAGCUGAAUGUUUACUUAUGUGCACACCCCCAUGAGUAUCCAGUCAGCUAGGCCUGGCAUUGGAAGGGUAGAGAAGCUAGGAAGAGGAGGGAGCAGGGAGGAAGAAGAGAGGUUGGGAGAGGAGCAGGUAAGGAGAAAGAGAGAUGAAGGUGAGGAAUGAAGGCACAAAGGAACACCAGAAAAAAAUCAGGAAGCAGGAGGGGUCCCAGGGAUCUGUAACUGAAAAAGGCAGGGUUGAAUCACAGCAAGAACACAAGUCAGAAGACCAGGGUAGGGCUCCACUUCUGGUCAUUCCCUUGCUAUGUGACUUUGGCUAUUCCAACUCUCUGAGCCUCUGUGAACUACCAGAGUUGAAAUAGAUAAUACCGGGUACAUUCCAAAGAAGGAAGGAAAGAGAGAACUGGAAAUAAAAACACACACAGGGAAAAACAGAGAGAAAGAACCAGAAAGAGAGACUCACGAAGAAAUUAAGGAGAGGCCCUGGGAGCUGGCCAGAGGUAGAGUUGCAAGAGCUCUGCCCCGACUCCCUGAGGCCGGAGUGUGGGUGCCUGUUCCCCACCCCUUACUCCAGAACUUCAGAGUGCCCUUAAGCCCUUAAUAGGUAAGGAAGGAAGAUGGAAAGGCGAGAGGCACCGGGAAUGAAAACCACACAUCAACACUCAAGAGGCUUGCCAAAGCCACACAAACCAGGAUCUCUACUUCCGGCCCCCAGCCCCCAGAUGUAGGUGUGCCAGCCACCUGGAAUGAAUCACACCUUGGCAAUGUGGGCGCACAUGCCAAGAGUGAGUCUGGGCACCCGGCCCAUGCGCGUACCACAGGCCAAGGGGAAGGUAAAAUUGGGGCUCUUCGGGGGUUCACAGAGGGCUACCCUCCCCACACAGGGUUACCCCGCUCCAGACCGCCCUCUAGUGACCAUCUCCUAGGCUCGGGGACCCAGGUGUGCUAUUCUCCCCUCCCUGCUCCCCCAAACCUUACCCGGGAAGCGGGAGAACCAGAUGAGGCAUUACGCAAGGCCUGGUGUUUACCUCCCGUGGGAGCCUCCUCCCUCCCUAUAAAGCCUGAUGUCGUGGAGAGAUUUGCCGAGACUAAGACUCUGGUUGAAGACAGAGGCAAUCCCAGGAGAGGGGCGGAAAGCGGCAAAAGUUAAUGCGGGAGUCGGAGAGAAGGGCAUCUACACAGCAAGCAGCAGGGGCGGCCCGCCAUCUGCGCGCUCGAAGGCGGUCGCGGUGGUCGCGCAAGGGGCGGCGUCCAGAUCCCAACUUUCCAUGGAUGCGCCCGAGCUGGGCCCGGGGCUGGUGGAGCGUCUGGAGCAGCUGGCGACGUGUCCUCUGUGCGGGGGCUCCUUCGAGGACCCGGUGCUUCUGGCGUGCGAGCACAGCUUCUGCCGCGCGUGUCUGGCCCGCCGCUGGGGGACCCCGCCGGCGACCGACACCGAGGCUUCCCCCACCGCCUGCCCCUGCUGCGGCCUGCCGUGUCCCCGCCGCAGCCUGAGGUCAAAUGUGCGGCUGGCAGUGGAGGUGCGAAUCAGCCGUGAGCUGCGAGAGAAGCUGGCUGAGCCUGGGGCCCGUGCGGGGAGACGCCGAGGGGGGCGCAUCCCCACCAUGGGCUGCCUGGACCCGCCCGGAGAGGAUAUGAGGAAGACAUGGAGACGAUUUGAAGUCCCAACACCUAAGUCAUCUAAAUCAGAGGAUGAUCUCCCUGAAGAUUAUCCAGUGGUCAAAAACAUGCUUCAUAGACUGACAGCCGACCUGACCCUGGACCCUGGGACUGCACACCGCCGCCUGCUCAUCUCCGCCGACCGCCGCAGCGUUCAACUGGCCCCACCAGGGACGCCCGCGCCCCCUGACGGCCCCAAGCGCUUCGAUCAGCUCCCGGCUGUGCUGGGCGCGCAGGGCUUCGGGGCCGGCCGCCACUGCUGGGAGGUGGAGACUGCGGACGCUGCCUCCUGCAGAGACUCUUCUGGGGAGGAUGAGGACGACGAGGAGAGCCACUAUGCAGUGGGCGCGGCCGGGGAAUCCGUGCAACGCAAGGGCUGCGUGAGGCUGUGCCCUGCGGGGGCCGUGUGGGCCGUGGAGGGCCGCGGCGGCCGCCUGUGGGCCCUCACGGCACCCGAGCCCACCCUGCUGGGCGGAGCCGAGCCCCCGCCGCGGCGUAUUCGCGUGGACCUGGACUGGGAGCGGGGCCGCGUAGCCUUCUACGACGGCCGCUCACUGGACCUGCUUUAUGCCUUCCAGGCGUCCGCCCCCCUGGGGGAGCGCAUCUUCCCGCUGUUCUGCACCUGCGACCCUCGUGCUCCGCUCCGCAUUGUACCAGCGGAAAGCUGAGUCCAACUAGAAGUUUGGCCCGGCCACUGGCCCUGCAGCUGCUUCUUUUUGGCGUGGAAUUCCCCACUCAUUUCUGCGAACACAUUCACACACCCAUUGCAGGAGUAUUAAUCCCAACCCACAUUUCCCCCCCAAAAAAUGAGAUCUCACCUGGUCUCCACGUUUCCGCGUCCCUGCUCAAAAUCAAACUCAUUCCUGCUUUCUGGCUCUCAGAAUCUUCUCUUCCCUACAGCUGCUACAGUACUUCCUGACUUCUCCCAUUCAAACCACUCUAGGCCUGCAAUGGGGAACAAGCCCUCCCCAUCAGUAAUGGUAAAGUGACCAUGUUUCCUACACAGAGGCUCUGCUGGUCAAAUACUUGACUCCCACUCUUGCCUCUCCUAGCUCCAAAGAAGGGCUCAGGGCCUUCCCCACAGAUCUAAGGACUGGGCUACCCUGCCUGUCCACUGAGGUUCCUCCUAAAACAAGAGGCUUGACUCUGGUCUGGGCCUUGUGGCCCUCUGGGAAGCUUCGUACCCCUUUUGGGGGAUCUCGGGGUGGGGAGGGACAAGCUAGUUCCCCAACCUCCUAUGGCUGCUUUCUAUGCUCACAGCCUUUUUUCCAUAAGAACCUUCUUGAAACUUCUCCCUGCACAUACUCACAGAAAGGAGCCAAUGGUGCUACUUCCCCUCUCUCCUCCUCAACCUGGGAAUACUUCAGAUAUCUCCAAACUCAUCCUUGUGUAUAGUCUCACACCCUUCCCCAUAUGUAUAAAUGGGCCCAUAUUUAACACAUUUUGUGAUUUUGGGUUAUUUAUUUUGUGCAUCUGUGGCAAUAAAUGAGAUCUCAGCGGUGGUACGGA